AAUAAUACAGCUUUGCUCUCUCGUUCAAAGUCGAGAUCGCCAGGGGAACAAAUCAGCAGAAAGAAAGCGCUGUGUGGUGUGUGAGAUAUUGUGCAGCAUUGUUAGCAUUAACGUAAUUGUUCCAGCAAACAACAGCGCGCGACACCAUGGCCGACAACGAGCAGAAAGCGAUGCAGCUGAUUGCGGAAGCGGAGAAAAAACUGAACUCGUCCAAAAGUUUCUUCGGCUCGCUAUUCGGUGGCGGUUCGAACAAGGUCGAGGAGGCCGUAGAAUGUUACCAGCGGGCGGCAAAUAUGUUUAAGAUGGCUAAGAAAUGGAGCCAGGCCGGAUCGGCCUUCUGUGAGGCGGCCAACCUGCACGCCAAGGCGGGCAGCCGACACGACGCGGCCACCAACUACGUGGACGCAUCGAACUGCUACAAGAAGACCGACCCAAAUGAAGCGGUCAACUGUCUGCUGAAGGCAAUCGACAUUUACACCGAUAUGGGCCGGUUCACGAUGGCUGCGAAGCAUCAUCAGAGCAUUGCGGAAAUGUACGAAAACGAAGCAAACGAUUUGCAAAGGGCGGUGCAGCACUACGAACAGGCGGCCGAUUAUUUCAAGGGCGAAGAAUCCACCAGCUCGGCCAACAAGUGCAUGCUGAAGGUGGCCCAGUACGCGGCCCAGCUGGAGGACUACGAGAAAGCGAUACAGAUCUACGAGCAGGUGGCCGGCUCGUGCCUCGACAGCUCGCUGCUGAAGUACAGCGCCAAAGAGUACUUCUUCCGUGCGGCCCUGUGCCACCUGAGCGUGGAUCUGCUGAACGCUCAGCACGCGAUGGAGAAAUACGCACAACAGUACCCGGCAUUCCAGGACUCGCGAGAGUACAAGCUAGUGAAGACGCUGUGCGAACAUUUGGAGGAACAAAACGUGGAUGGGUUCACUGAAGCGGUCAAGGAGUACGACAGCAUCUCCAGGCUGGACCAGUGGUACACCACGAUCCUGUUGCGAAUCAAGAAGCAGGCCAACGACAAUCCGGAUCUGCGAUAAGCAGCUCGCCACCAAGAAUAUCUAUCACAAUCCGCUCGUUUUGGUCUAUUUGUGCGCGCCUCCUCCCCUUCCAGGCGGCAUUAUAAUCACACGUACAUACACACGGACAUACACAAACCAAGACCUGUUUGUUUAAGUUUUUAAACUGUUGUGUUUUUGCGGUUCGAAACUAUUGUUUUUUCGCGGGCGAGUUGUGUCCGCGCACCGAACCGAUUAAAUGCAUGACACUCUUCACUCUGUCGUUUCGUGCGGUUACCCAAAUACGGCCGAAACCGAUGGUGUUACGGGCGUAUAUCAUACCUUUUAAAACUCAUCUAUCCCACUGGAAUUAAUGGAAAACGUAGGCCACAAUUUUAUCGUCUCUAGACGCUCUAGAAUAUUGAUAACAAAAGGAAACACACAGCCACACAAAAACUAUUCGCUACAACACAGUAAACUGUAAAAAAGUGUCGCUAUUAAAAAAAGCCACCCUCCCUUUUCGUAGUGUAAUAACCAUGCCACCACCCCCUACCCCUGCUCCUCUUUGGCAGGGUGCAUCGAGAUCUGUUGAUCCCUGUUAACCUCGAACCACGCGGCAACCUCCAUUUGGAAUUGCGUUUGCGCAUGUACGUACGUUGAGUCUUACAACACUUAUAUAGCAAUGCUUAUUAUACAUUGUUUUUUGUUAAUAAAUUAAACAGCAUUAGAUAAUUAAGUGGUUAAGGCAUGGAGCUGUUCCACACCGAAGCAAACGGACCAGGCGUACAUACACACAUACACAACACUCACACAACAGACCACCGUGGUGGUACCGGGCCGGUGGUCCAGGAACGGAUUGCAAUUGAGUGAAAUUAGCUGGAAGAUCGUGGCCAGAAGUAACCGAGAACUGAGCAAGCAAGUAGCUUUUUCCCGCCUCUCUGUACAAGCCACAUACACACACGUCCUCCCACCGGGUCACGUGGAUUUGUUUGCGCUCAUUGUUUUGCUCCAAAAAA